ACGGACGGCAGAGGACACGGUCGCGCGCGUCAAGGACAUAGUGAGAACGCUGCUACAACAAAUCUCCCCCGGCGGCAGCAAUUCCUCAUCUUUCUCACACUUCGCUGACCAUCAUGUGGAGAAGAGAUCCCACCAGCAAAGAGCAGGUUCGGCCAUCGACGCAAACUAUCCAUAUCGGAGUGUCAAAAAUGACGAGAACUACAACUCAUCUGGUCAACAUAGACCUGAAACUGCUGAUACUGAUCUUAAAAGUCAGAGACGUCGCCGCUCGGCACCCGUUAUUCGGAACACAGUAUCUUCAGCACCCUUGCUCAAGACUGUCGGCAGGUACAUUCCCUACACAGAAGGAAAGAAGAAGAAUCUUGCAGUGAUAAACCUACCCCUCGAACGUCGAUUUUGCACAAUCCGUGACGAUGUCGCACUACACGAAAUUAUUUGUGCCCUACAUUUCUCAAGAAACUCUGGCACGACCAGGCUGAUGAACACCCAUGGUAAUGCUCAUAGAAGAAGUGAUACAAGUAAACUAGAAGCACUGAGAGCAUUAUGUUGCUCAACAUCCAAUUUAAAACUUAAAGACAGUAUGUGGCAUGACAAAUGGUGGCGCACAUUUACACUACUACCAUCGACGGAGAGGGCGCAUCACCAUCUCUCACCACAAGAGAUUAUGGUAGCUGAAACUUGUCACGCAUAUCUGUCAGCUCUAAAUGCAGACGGAUUCAUUCCUACAAUAUUACUCGCCGAAAACUCACCCGGUGCUUAUAUGUGGUUAAUAAUCGUCGAAAGCCGGAAAGCGCAGAUACCGACUCUAACACUUCGUCGAUAUGCAGUUGUUGGCGAUAUUCAUUACCUUGACGUUAUUGCUAAACAGAACGCAGACGUCGAUAACUUGCAAACAGAAGCGGUGUCUUCAAACAAUGCUGCGCACGAUUCAACAGCUUAUGGGAAUCAGCGAGAUAUGAUUUUAGGAUAUUUAUUUGAAAUAUGUUUGAAAGGGAGCAUGAGUGAUACACACGAGAGCCUUCUGAAUGUUUUGGUUCAUCGCCUUUCAGAUGGAGGCAGAAGGUUUUCUGCUAAAGCAAUUCCUCACUUUACACGAGAUAAGAGACACUAUAUUUGCAACAAAUUUACAACUUACUUCAAUACAAGACGCAAUUCUAGAGACACUUUGAUACUAUCAGAAUUUGUGUAUAAACAUUCUCACAUGCGCCAAAACAAAUGGAAAAACCCACACGAAAAUUAUAAGGAUUACCAGUCGGGCAACGUACAUUAUUCUCCCUCAGUACUGUCAAGUGUGGAUAAACUUCCUCAGAGACUAGUACAAAAAUACACUCUUCUUAAAAUAAUCAACCGCUCUGGUUCCAAUAAGGCAUUGCAGUGUUGCUGGAAAUAUAAAGGUGAAAGCGAUAGUAGAACAAUUCGAAAUAGAGUGAAACGUGGUGUUCGUGAACGAGACGGCAAGAACUUACAGAGACAGGUCUAUUCGCAUGCGAAGCGGUUAUUUCCAAGAGAUUCCGACGACACCUUAGCAGCUGCUGGUGACCAAACGACGGACAGAGAGGCACUGCUCGACGAAGAUGUACAGUCGAGUCAUCUCAACCACUCAGAUUCAAACUACAAACUUCCAGAAACUGCCACACACGAGAUUCCUUCAGAUGUGCAGGAAACCACGUAUACUUCGGUAAACAUUUUGUCAGAUGGGUUGGAAGUCGUUACAGCUCCGAACAUUGUUGCGACAGAAAAUGAGCCUGAAGACGAAAAAAGUACGGAAUCUCCUCAUGCUGAUGCUGCCGACCCCAUAGAGCAUGUUACAACCUCGCACCAGGAGACAGACAAUUCACUGGUGCAGUCACAACUGCACGUUGUAAACAUAGAGAAUGAGCCCGAAGACGAAAAUAAUACGGAAUCUCCUCAUGCUGAUCCUACCGACCACACACAACAUAUUGCCACAUCGAACUUCGAGACGGAUCAUUCACAGAUGCAGUUACAACUACCCGCAGAAUUUGAAUCAGCUUCCGAGGCAACCCCUACACCGCAAGAUGGAAGUACUACAGUGCUAGCAGAGAUUAUCACUUCGACAGUCUCAAAUACGGAUGUGGUCACGUGCUGGCCACCUCUGGUGAGCGUUACACCGGAGAACACCACCAGCGACACCGCCUGCCACUGCGAAGAGCCGCCUUCGGACCCUCUGGUUGCCGCUGUGCUGCUUCUGUUGGGUCACGUAGCUCCUCUGCUGUGGUCGGUGGCCGGUCGCUGCGGUUGCGGGCGCUGGCCGCUGUCAGCUGCGACGCUGGAGCUGCUGCUGUGGCUGCCCGGCCUGCUGGGGGCGGCGUCGCGGGCGGCCGGCGUGCAGACGCCGGUGCGGGGGCCCGCGUGCCGCGCCGCCACCGCCGCCGGCCUCUGCGGGGCGCUGCUGCGGGUCUUCCAGGCCGUGCUGUCGGCGGCGCGCGCGCCCUCCUCUGUCCGGCAGGGUCCCCGCUCCGCGGACUCCGCCUCCACCACGUCUGGGACGCGCAAGACUGGCUGGGUGUCCGCUGAGGAGGCGGGCCCCAGUAGCGGCGUAGAGCUGCCAGCCAACCCAGACGCUCGGGACCGUGGAGGCACCGCCAAUGAAACAUCAAUUCAGAAACCCAGUCACGACGGAGAAGGUCCGAAGAGUGAGCACAGUAACCGAGCCCCAGACAGUGGCACUCAGGGGGCCAAAUUGUCGCCGGAACUCGAGGCUGUGUUUGUUGUUGGGAACACUGAGCCCUGUACAGCACGGUCCAAGCCGGAAACACCACUCGAGUGUCCGGCAGAGAAAAAAGUUACAAAACGACCAACGGACUGGGCGCUGGAAGAUGAAACAGACGAUGGUAGUGACAAACCAACAGAUCACGAAGACCAUGAAGAUACACUGAGUACACGGGACGCCAUCUGCAGCACGUCUACUGCCACAGCCAUUGUCACGGACAGAACUGAACGAGUUUUCAAGUGA